AUGACGGACUAUAUACAAGAGCAGGAGAUGGAAAUUGAAGCGUUGGAAGCAAUACUUAUGGAUGAUUUCAAAGAAAUUCACUCGGGUGAGAGUGGAUUAAACACUUCCAAGAGGUGUUUUCAAAUAAAAGUAACUCCAGUGGAUGAUGAGGCAGAUGAAGUAACAACUGCUCCAGUUCAGCUGGCUUUGAUUUUCUCACACACAGAAAGAUAUCCAGAUGAGCCUCCGCUUUUGAAUUUGAACAGUUUACGUGGUAUACAAGGAGAACAUCUUAGAAUUUUGAAAGAAAAGCUUCAACAAGAGGCAUCUGAAAAUCUUGGUAUGGCUAUGAUCUACACACUAGUUACAUCAGCUAAAGAAUGGCUUUCUGAGCAAUAUUGUCAAGACACUAGUAUUGAUGAUGCUGAAGCAGAAGAAGCAGCAAAGGAUGAUGUAAUUGUACCACAUGGAGAACCUGUUACUGUUGAAACAUUUCUGGCAUGGAGAGAGAUGUUUGAAGCAGAAUUGGCACUUGAGCGAGCCAAGUUAAUGCCUGAGGCUGCGCUUUCAGCACCCAAGGAAAAGAGGCUCACAGGUAGACAGUGGUUUGAAAGUGGAAGACAUGCUGUGAAAGGAGCAGCCCCAGCCACUGAAGGGUCUGAUGAAGAAGAUGUGGAAGACAUCGACUUCGACGAUGAUGAUUUUGAAGAUGAUGAAGACGAUAUGCUUGAACACUAUUUGGCUGAGAAAACCGACUCGUCAUCCCACUCUUCCAAGAGAGAGACUAACUAG